UAUUGAAAUCUUGGACGAAAACAUUUUAAUCAAUUAAAAUAAAGGUGAAAAGAUCAUUUAAACUACACGUCGUUUCAUUUUUGUCUGUGUGUUGCUCGGAGAGAGGGAGAGGGAUUUUGCACGAAAGCAGCUCAAUUGGUAUGGAACACGAACCAACCGAGCAGGAUGCCUCCAGCCUGCCGUUGCCUCACUUAUCAAUGGUUUCUUCUUUCUGUGUUCCUUGGAAGCCGCCUAAUAUGAUUACUCGCUUGGCGAAUGCUUUUGCCACCUUCGAUUUCAUGAAUGAUAGGAUUCUCUCAUAAAUUCAUAUCACAGAGGUAAUAAAUGGAAAGAAAUGGGGGUGACCGGCCAGAAAUGAGAAAUAAAUAGGUGAGUGUUGGUUAAGGCAUCAAAGCCCUAUAAGUCCAGUGUUCCUCAGAAUUUCUCAAGGCCCAUUGCUCUUCAAGUACUUUUGCAAAGUACAAGAAUGAUGAACAUGGGCUGGAAAAAGACUCAGAAGAAGAUGACGAAAGGAGCAAAUGCUCUGUUAGUUUCUUUCUCAAAAAGACGAUCUGGCCUCUUCAAGAAGGCCAGUGAACUUUGUACCUUACAUGUGGUUGAGACUGCCAAUAUCAUCUUCUCUCCUGGUGGGAAGGUGUUCUCCUCUGGUCAUCCCUCUGCUGAGGAUGUUAUAAACAUGCUUGGCCAAUGUGGGAAGCCAGAUGCUGCUACACUUCUGGAAGCGGAGGCUCACCAAGAGAGAGUCCUUUGUGACCUGAAGAAGCAGUAUUCUGAUCUGCUUAGGCAAUUGGAAGCUGAAAAGAAACGAGGGGAGAAACUAGAGCAGAUGAGGAUGGAAUGCCAGGGAUGCAGCUGGUUUUAUGCUCCAAUUGAUGAACUCAGCCUUGAGGAGCUGAAGGUCAAGAGUGCUGCAAUGGCAGAACUUAAGGGAAAAGUACUCAAGGAAUUAGAGGAGCGUCUGGCACAGGGUUCUGCUCCAUCUGUUGCUGCCAACUCUGGUGGAAGUUCUGUUUUCCCAGUCACUGACCCAAAGGCUGCGCUGUAGGCCAUUAAUCUCUGUUAUUCUGAAUAAGUUGAUGGAGGAGAGUCUGGAUUAGCGAACUUUUGUUAUGGGUUUUCAGAUUUAUAUGAUGUCAUUUAGUCACUCUCUUCCUCUCUACAUCUUCUUUAUGUAAGAUGUUCCUUUUCCGAUAACAAAACCCAUGAAAAAAAUCUUUAAAAUGCCUUUUGCUGUGACAAUGGGGUGGUAAUAUGAUCUCAUACUCUAUUUCAACCAAGGUGAUUGUGGAAGAAUGUCUUGUGACAAAAAUUAACCUUUGGUUACAGACCAAGGCACUAUGAAAACUCUACGUUCUAUUAUGGGCACUUGGGUACUCGUUUUUGGCCUAAUGUUGCUGCUCAUUGUAGUGAAAAGAUAAAAGGGGUGAAACAGAAUCAGGCACUGCUCUGAACCUUAAA